AUGUCUAAGGAUAAGACUUUUGGUUUAAAGAAUAAAAAAGGAGCAAAACAACAGAAGUUUAUUAAGGCUGUAACCCACCAAGUUAAGUUUGGCCAGCAAAACCCACGGCAGGCUGCUCUAGCAGAUGGCGACAAGAAAUUCAAGAAAGAUGAUAAGAAAAAAGAACUACAGGAGCUAAAUGAGCUUUUCAAACCUGUGGUUGCUGCACAGAAAAUAAGUAAAGGUGCCGAUCCAAAAUCUGUAGUCUGUGCUUUCUUCAAGCAAGGGCAGUGCACAAAAGGAGAUAAAUGCAAGUUUUCUCAUGACCUCUCUCUGGAGAGAAAGUGCGAAAAGAGAAGCGUUUACAUUGAUGCAAGAGAUGAAGAACUUGAAAAAGACACAAUGGAUAAUUGGGAUGAGAAGAAGUUGGAAGAGGUUGUGAACAAGAAACAUGGUGAAGCUGAAAAGAAAAAACCCAAAACCCAAAUAGUCUGCAAGUACUUCCUUGAUGCUAUUGAAAACAAUAAAUACGGAUGGUUUUGGGUCUGUCCUGGUGGAGGAGACAACUGUAUGUACCGCCAUGCACUCCCUCCUGGCUUUGUACUCAAAAAGGACAAAAAGAAGGAAGAAAAGGAGGAAGAAAUUUCUUUAGAAGAUCUAAUAGAGAAAGAGCGUGCUGCCUUGGGAGCAAAUGUUACUAAAAUUACUUUAGAAUCUUUCCUGGCGUGGAAGAAAAGGAAAAGACAAGAAAAAAUUAAUAAGGCUGAGCAAGAUAUGGAAAGAAGGAAAGCAGACUUCAAGGCUGGCAAAGCAUUGGUGAUCAGCGGACGUGAAGUGUUUGAGUUCCGACCAGAGUUGGUUGACGCAGAUGAUGAGGAAGCUGAUGACACUCAUUAUAUUCAAGGAACCGGUGAAGAUGAGGUUGAUGAACAGGUAUGUGUAAAUGACGUGGACUUGAACCUGUAUGUUCCAAAGGCUGUAGAUGAGACUGGAAUCACUGUAGCUAGCCUGGAACGAUUUAGCACAUACACUUCAGCUGAACAGGAUGAUAACAAACUGAGUGAAGCUUCAGGUGGUGGUUUGGAGAACGGAGAGCAAAAUGACUUUCAAGCUGACAGUGAUACAGAAGGCAGCCAACAAAACGGAAUAAUCGAUGCAGUACCAGUUGAUGAAAAUCUUUUUACUGGUGAGGACUUGGAAGAGCUAGAAGAAGAAUUAAACACACUUGAUUUAGAGGAAUGAACAAGCCAGUUCGUAUAGGAAUAUAAAUCUAUUUGACAAAGUGAACAAAGGCUCCAUCUGUUUUAUCUAAAAUUCUUAAAUGGAGAGUUCUUGAUUUCUCGUGUGAUUCUGGAAAAACACUGCACAAAAAUAUUCCCCCUCCUGUUUUUUUUCUGAUCUACUCUUAACCUGCUUCAUAAAAUAAACAACCCAGAUAAGAUGCUGAGAGGACUUCCCUGAUAUACAAUGGCGUUGUAAUGAAACUCCCACCACAAGUCUGACUCCUUUUCCAGGAUGUGUGAAGGGGAAUAUUGCUACCAGGUCCAUGAGGAAGUCAAAGUGAAGUCCUUCAGCAGAACUGCACUUGAAAGAAGUAUGUUUGAAUGGUUGGCAGUUGAACUGUGUACUGUAAAAUGGAGGUGAUAGCAGCUCGAAGCGGCCAUGCUCUUACGAGUGCCGAAAAGAUCUUGUAAUCUAAAGCAAGCGAGUACUUCAUGUAGAGAUCUGUAAAAUGACGUUCAAGAAUGGGGCUCUAAUUCUAAAAUUUAAGCAUAAGCCACAAAGGUGUAAAUAAAGAUGAUCUGAUUUCAAAAAAG